GUGGGUGGGAACGGAACGGAGCCCCCCAGAGAGGAGGGGGAGUGGGACCCCGGAAAGAGAGGUCCUGGGGUGGGGAGAGAUAUUUAUUGUAUUUAACACAUAUACUUAUAUGCAAGGAUUAAGGGAAGGAGGAAUAUUGGGGGCACUAAAGGGAGGCAGGGGGUAAAAAGGCAGGAAAGAGGUCUCCACCCCCAUAACUCCUUCCCACCUCAAAAAGACCCCCCCAGGUGAGGCUGGAUGCCAAUGGAGCGGCUAAAGACCUGGCUGGGCCACCCAGAGGAGCUGUACAACCUGGUGCGGUUUAAGAUGGGGGGCUACAAGGCAGUGAUGCCCAAGAUGGACCAGGACUCGCUCAGCGACAGCCUCCGCGUUUGCUACAAGUACUUGAAUCAGACGAGCCGGAGCUUCGCCGCCGUCAUCCAGGCGCUCGAUGGGGAGCUGCGCCAUGCGGUGUGCAUUUUCUACUUGGUUCUCCGGGCUCUGGACACGGUUGAGGACGACAUGACGAUCAACCUGGAAACCAAGGUGCCCCUGUUACAUAACUUCCACUCCUACCUGUACCAGCCAGACUGGAAAUUCAUGGACAGCAAAGAGAAGGACAAGCAGGUGCUUGAGGACUUCCCGACGAUAUCCUUGGAGUUCCGGAACCUGGCAAAGGUCUAUCGGGACGUGAUUGCUGACAUUUGCCACAAGAUGGGCCAUGGGAUGGCUGAAUUCUUGGAGAAGAAGGUGGAUUCUGAGCAGGAGUGGGACAAGUAUUGUCACUACGUCGCUGGCUUGGUUGGCAUCGGCCUCUCCCGGCUCUUCUCCGCAUCCAAGCUGGAAGAACCCAUUGUGGGCCAGGACACAGACCUUGCCAACUCCAUGGGCCUCUUCCUGCAGAAAACCAACAUCAUUCGGGACUAUCUGGAGGACGAGCUGGAAGGCAGAGAAUUUUGGCCCAAAGAGGUUUGGAGCAAGUACGUUAAGAAGCUCUCGGAUCUGGCCAAGCCGGAGAACAUCGACAAGGCCGUUCAGUGUAUGAACGAGCUCAUCACCAACGCCCUGCAUCACGUUCCCGACGUCUUGACCUAUUUGUCCCGGCUGAAGAAUCAGAGCGUGUUCAACUUCUGUGCUAUUCCCCAGGUGAUGGCCAUCGCUACUUUGGCUGCCUGCUACAACAACCAGCAGGUCUUCAGGGGGGUGGUGAAGAUCCGGAAGGGACAAGCCGUUACGCUGAUGAUGGAUGCCACCAACAUCCAGGCUGUCAAAGCCAUCACGUACCAGUAUGUGGAAGAGAUCUACCAGAAGAUCCCCAGCACAGAUCCUUCUGCUAGCAAAACUCAAAAGAUCAUCACCUCUGUCCGGUCCAUGAGCGUCCCCAGCGGUGCCCUCGUCUCCCGGAGCCACUACUCACCCAUUUACUUGUCCUGUGUCAUGCUUUUGGCAGCUCUGAGCUGGCAGUACCUGAGCAGUGUCUCAAAAGCUGCCGAAGAAUACGUGCACACUGGCGAGAACUGAGAACAAAAGUCCACCGAUGGUCAUUUUAGGGAAUAUGUUUUUCCUCCUUGCCUUUUUGUGUGUGUGUGGGUGUGGGGACAGAAGAAAUCUGUUGGAUUUCCAGGACUGUAUGGAGCUGGACUCAAACUUCAUUUCCAGCCAGUUGGAGCCAGAACUUUUCACCUAGAAGCAACUAAUACUUAACUGUUUCCAAAUGGGGACACUUUUUUUUUUCCUUUGGAUGAACUGGUUACAGACAGGUCUGUGUUCGCAGUCUUACUUAAUUUUCUCUCUUUGUUUGUUGCAGACUGAGCUGUAUUUUUGACCUAGGAUGUUUUUUAACUAGGCUGUUAAAGGUGCCUCUUUGUUGCUUGUGAUUUUUGACAGUAAAAAAAGUGUGAGUGA